GAAAGUGUCUGGGGGGCGGAGUGGGAAGGAAAGAAGGAAGAGAAAAAGUGUGCCUUUCACACUCUGGAGUCUGCUGAUUCGACCUGCUGGUGGAUCCAUGGAGCUGUCGCGCUGGUUUUUGGGGGCCUGGCGCGCUUUCCGGCACAUGGGCUGCAGGAGGGAUCCUUUUGGCCAAGGUUUGCAGAGACCCUCGUUUUUGCAGCCCCAAAGGGCCUAUCGCGCAGCAGUUUGCAUGGAGGUGAACAAGCCCUUGGUUGUUCAGGAUGUCCCCUCUGCUUUGCUGCAACCACAUGAGGUCAGAAUUCGUGUCCGUUGCUGUGGGGUAAAUUUUGCUGACAUACUGGCUUGCCAGGGCCUUUACCAAGAAAAACAUUCCCUUCCAUUCACUCCAGGGAUGGAGUUUUCGGGAGAUGUGUUGGAGACAGGCAAGGCUGUAACCACCAUGAAGGAGGGUGAUCGUGUCAUUGGUGUGACUGGUACCAACGCAAUGGCUGAGGAGUAUAUCACAGAUCCAAAGUUGCUCUGGACCAUCCCAAAGCAAGUUUCCUAUGAAGAUGCUGCAGCACUGCCCGUUUCUUAUGGGACAGCCAUCUUAGCCCUUGAACACAGAGCACAGACACAGCCAGGGGAGACUGUUUUGGUGACUGCAGCAGCUGGUGCCACGGGACUUGCAGUCGUGGAUGUGGCUACUCAUAUUCUUAAGGCAAAGGUGAUCGCAGCAGCAGGAAGUGAUGGAAAAUGCAACUUGGCUCUCCAGAAAGGGGCUUUUCGUAGUGUGAAUUAUAGCGGGACCAACCUGAGAGAAGAAGUGAAGAAGCUAACAGUGAAUAAAGGAGUAGACGUGGUUAUUGACACCGUUGGUGGGGACAUCUUUAAGGAGGCAUUGCACAGCCUGGCUUGGGAAGGUAGGAUUGUAGUGGUUGGUUUUGCCGGAGGAACUAUCCCUUCUAUUCCAGCCAAUCUGCUGCUUCUGAAGAAUAUAUCUGCCCUGGGACUGUUCUGGGGCCGGUAUCGUGAGCAAGAUUUCCCGGUCUUUUCCUCCACAAUCUCAUCUGCUGUUUUGCACUGCCAGGAAGGACGAAUCCAACCACAUAUAGGAGCAGUGUUCAGACUGGAAGAGAUAAAUGAAGCUUUUGCCCACGUGACCCAACGUAAAUCUACAGGCAAGGUUGUCAUCUCAAUUACUUAACCCGAUUUUUCACCGAAACCUGCCACUGACCUCCAUUGCUGCUACAUCCUGUUGAAGAGGAAGAGGUCCAACACCAUGAAAGUCAAAUGAAUUUUCGAUCACAGGAGGACAUAAACUAUUCAGACAGAGCACUUGAAUUUCUGACUCUAUUAUAGUUUCUAUGAUAAUUUAACACUGGUGAUAUUAUGUACUUGUUUGAUUUGUCUCAUAACACUUCCCAGCUCUUGGUGAUCUUGCAGAGAUGCUGUAUAGUCCACAGUCUCUUUUAUUACUUUAUUCUGCAAGUUGCCAUUGACAAGGAUGGCAGCUUACGAGUCAAUUGUGAGGUUAUGUCAUCAUCAUCUCCUGAUAACUAAUAAAAAGAGUCUAAAGGUCUAA